AUGCCAUUCAUCAAAGUCUCAACUUCCACAGGGAAUACUCGGUUUCACUACACAAUCAGCACUCCAGCUUGUGCUGAAGCAGAAGCAAUCAACCCUGGACUUCCCGUUAUUUUGUUCUUCCAUGCCUUUGCUUUCCACACAAUAUUCCAUUCUCAAUUCUCGGACCCGAUUCUGCGAAAGUUCAACUUGGUUACUUUUGACAUGAGAUGGCAUGGCUACACAGAAAGUGAUACAAUUCCUGAGAGAUAUGGUCAAGCGGAGGCAGCAGAGGACAUAAUAGCAUUCAUAACUGCACUGCAACUUCCCCCUUGUCAUUUUGUAGCCCUUGACAUGGGAAGCACAAUUGCACUUCAAAUAGCAGUGAUGCUGCCUGAACAAGUUUUAUCAUUGUUUAUCAUGUCCCACAUCUGUCUGGAAGAAAUACCGGAGGUUCAAGAGGGAAGAACAGAAUUAUAUGACCUGUACAUCACUGGAGCAUAUCUUGAUGUGGCCUUGGGUUAUAGUCAAUAUACAUUCAGCAACAAGACAUCAAAUAUUGUCCAAGCGUUAUGGGACUUGAGCUUUCCCAUAAAUGUAAAAAAUUGGUCCCCUGAACAUUUACGGGAAUAUCGCUUGAUCUCUUAUGACUUUUUUUGUACCCGGAAACCACAGCCACGGGAAGCACUUUCGCGGAUCACCUGCCCAGUCAAGCUUGUUCAUGGGGGAAACAGCGUUGUUUAUGACCAAAGCUAUACCGAAAGGUUCAUGAAAUCUCUUCAAGAUGAAGGAGUAAAUGUCUCUAUGGAGACAAUUCCUAAUGCUCCUCAUUAUCUAUGUUUUGAUCAUGGGAAUGUGUGA